GAUGGCGAGAAGUUGUCUGCUAAUGGCAUUCCUAAUUGGAAGCCAAGGAAUUUUCCUGAAACAGCUGCUUAGUUCAGCACAUAGCAUCCUCAGCGGGUCUCCUGUUCUCCACCUCACUGGUCCUGGAGCUCAGUUUGCGAAGAUAGUUACAAUUGGACCAACGCCACAGAGAUUACCAGUGACUGGAUUUGGCAGACCAGAGGCAGACAUCAGGGAAGCACAAGCCAGCACUGUAAGUUUCAGCAAUCCGCCUCCGCCGUUGGGGUCGGCUCAAGACCCAGCGACACAAACAUGUGGUCUGGCUCCACCAUUUUGUUCAAAAUCACGAUAUCGAACUAUCGAUGGUUCUUGUAACAAUUUUUUAAGACCAUCUUGGGGUACACCGCAGACACCAUACGGACGUUUAUUGCCUUAUAAUUAUGCUGACGGUGUCAGUGCAAUGCCUGUAUCAUCAUCUGGUCGUCCCCUGCCAAAUCCUCGUGACAUCAGUCUUCGACUCUUUCCUGAUAGACAGCUGGUCGACCCAAUUUGGAACUUGAAUGCUCAACAAUGGGGCCAAAUUAUUACCCAUGAUAUGUCCCUCACCGCUGGCGUUACGCAAUCCCAUAAGGAAAGCAUAGUUUGCUGCGACGAUAAUGGUCAACUAGCUCUCGAUGCGCAAACAAACCCUACUUGCGCACCCAUCCUCAUACCGCCAAAUGACCCAGUUCAUGUACCUCAGGGGACUCAGUGUAUGAACUUUGUAAGGACGGGUACCACAAGAACAAGAGGAUGCACACCACCCAAUGCCCCCGCUGAACCCAUUUCUACAGUAACAGCAUACAUGGAUUUAUCAUUAGUAUAUGGCAGCAGUGCGGGUCAGGCUGCUCCAAUAAGAGCGUACUCUGGCGGUCGUCUGCUAACCGUAUUGAGGGGAGGCCAGGAGUGGCCCCCACAAGACCCUAACAUCACGGUCACCUGCGAAACCGCACUCUCGCCUAACGAACCGUGUUAUUUGACUGGUGACAUCAGGACAAAUCAGAACCCUCACUUGGCGGUCCUACAAAUCGUACUUCUACGUGAACACAAUCGUAUCGCAGAUGUAUUAUCAUCUCUCAACCGACACUGGGAUGAUGAAACCUUGUUCCAAGAAGCGAGAAGAAUACACAUCGCUGAAAUACAACAUAUUAACUAUUAUGAAUAUCUACCAAUAUUUCUGGGCUUGGAGAACAUGGUUAAAAACAAGCUGAUUUAUCCAGGAGUUCAGGGCUACGUAAAUGAUUAUAACCCUAAUGUAGACCCGUCUGUUCUUGAUGAACACGCGACAGCUGCUUUUAGACAUUUCCACACUCUGAUUCGAGGAUUCUUAAAACUGAUUACGGAGAAUCGUGCUCACACUGGUACAGUGCGUAUGAGCGACUGGUUCAACCGACCUCUAUUGUUGGAACUGCACAACUCCUUCGAUAACUUGGCUCGAGGUCUUACAUCUCAACCACAAGAUUUCAGUGAUCAGUUCUGGGACAGCGAAAUAACACAAUUCUUAUUUAAACGUAACAACACUUUUGGAGGUGACUUGCGUGCAACGGACAUCCAACGUGGCCGUGAUCAUGCUUUGGGCAGUUACGUGGCGACUCGAGCAGCUUGUGGUCUACCUGUUCCACGAAGCUUCCAUGAAAUGCUUGAUUACAUCUCUCAGGAGAAUGUAGAAGUUCUCCAAUCAACAUAUGAAACCCCUCAAGAUAUCGAUCUGGUUGUGGGCGGUUCGUUGGAGAGAAAUGUGCCAGGAGCUCAAGCUGGACCUACCUUCCUCUGUAUCCUUACGGAGCAGUUUUAUAGGACACGAGUGGGUGACCGGUACUUCUACGAGAAUGGAGUGGAUACUGUAACUGCUUUCACACCAAGUCAAUUAGAUGCAAUCCGUCGGGGUGCUUCGAUGGCGCGGAUUAUGUGCGACAAUGUAGAUGGCAUUCAAGUUAUGCAACCAAAAGCCUUCCAACAGAUUAAUCAAGGAAAUAAGCUGACACCGUGCCCACAUUUACCUUUCAUUGAUCUAACAUUAUGGCAAGACGCUAGAUCAAAUGGGAAAUAAUAAAAACGUAUUAAAAAAAUUAACCUAUUUAUUUAUGUGAGAAGUUACCGCACUGUGUACAAUAUCUACAGUUGUGAUAAAGAUACGGUUUCAUAUUUAAUACAAAUAGUCAUACUAGAUACAUAUUUUACAAACAAAUAUAUUUCGAUAUUAUAAUCAUAACGGUUACCAUUAACUGUUAACUAUCGGUUAACUGUAUCCUAUAAAUUAUGUUCAUGUUAAUUUAUCACUACAUUGUACAUAGAUUCCAUAGAUGUCGCAAUUUCAGUUCACAUAUAAAUUGCGUCGUUGUGUGUAAAUUGUUUCUCUAAAAACAUUAUUUUUGUAAAUACAUAAUUCUGAGAACACAAGAUUUGUGUCUCUACAAAAGAAUUCAAAGCGUUAGCAAAACAGUUGUGAAUUGUUAUUUGUAAAUUUGAAAAUUUUGCAUAAUUAGUCUUCAUAUAAAUCAAGGCAUCAUCUAUCUCUGAAAUUGUCUAUGGUCACUACUAUUAAUAUUUUUUUACUUAAAGCCAAGUUUAUUUUUAUGUACAGAUAGUGUGUAAGAAUAAUAUGUAUAGAUGUAACAGAUGCCCAUGCUAUGGAUAUAGGUACGUGAGUGAAAAUAGUUUUGGUAACUGUUUACAAACAUAAAAAAAUAAAUAUAUUAUAACAUCUCUCAGUAAAAGGAACUAGGAACCGUACAGAACAUUUUA